AUGGCCGCACGGCCCAAGUCCAAUGGCCAUGUCCUCCCCAAUGGGAAUGCAAAGUUGAAUCAAGUGGUGGAAAAGAUCGAGGAAGACAUUUAUCAAGAGGAGAACAUCUUUCUAUUUCUCCCAAACAUCAUCGGAUAUGCCCGAGUCGUCCUCGCAAUUGCUUCCCUCUACUAUAUGCCUCUGCAUCCCCGGACCUGUUCCGGCUUGUACAGUGUAUCCUGCCUCCUCGAUGCUGCGGACGGAAUUGCGGCUCGAAGAUACAAUCAGUCAACCACAUUCGGUGCCGUACUGGAUAUGGUGACCGACCGCUGCACCACAUCCUGUCUGUUGGUGUUUCUGGCUUCCGCCUUCCCUCGCUGGAGUAUUAUCUUUCAGGGAUUGAUCAGUCUCGAUCUCGCCAGUCACUACAUCCACAUGUACGCCACAUUGACCAUGGGAUCAUCGGGCCAGAGCCACAAGAAAGUCGACUCGAGCAGGAGUUGGAUCCUCCAUCUUUACUACACAAAUCGGACCGUCCUAUUCCUCUUCUGCCUCCUAAACGAAACAUUCUUCAUCGCACUAUACCUCCUCUCUUUCUCCUCCCCACUUCUCUCACCCUCCCUCCUCGCCAUCAAUGACCCCAGCGGCUUCCAGUCCACACAGCCCGGCUCACCCGCUCACCCCAAGCCCAGCACCCUCUUCGCAAACCCGUGGAGCGCAGGCGCCUUGGAGAUGGCACGCGCUAACAAAAUGGACAGCACGGUGCCUUGGAUCAUCGCAGGCGUCAGCGCGCCCGUCAUGGCGGGGAAACAGGUCAUCAAUGUCAUUCAGCUCAUCAAGGCAAGUAAGUGGCUUGGUGAGGGUGAUGUGGCGGCGAGGAAAAAGGCAUUUAUUGCCGCGGGGAAGAAACGGGCAUGA